AUGGCUGCAGAAGACGAAAGCAGUACCGUCACGCAUGCUGCCUCUCACUACGCUGCCUCGGCCCUCGACGAGGUCGGCCUGCUUGCGCUAUGGAACUCGCCAAUGGACAUCAAAUUACUCUGCGCCCAACGCUUCAUCCGCCUCUUCGGUUAUGGCGUCUCGACGCUCAUUCUAGUGGCGUAUCUCUCCAUCCUUGACAUCUCCGACGAGCAGACGGGUCUUUUCAUGACAUUGACAUUAGCUGGGGACGUGCUGAUCAGCCUGCUUCUCACUCUGGUGGCAGAUCAAUUGGGCAGAAGGAAGAUCUUGGCCCUCGGAGCCAUCCUCAUGGCCGCGAGUGGCGUUGUAUUUGCUUUCAGUUCCAACUACUGGGUCUUGCUGACCGCUGCCGUACUCGGAGUCAUCACGCCUAGUGGAAACGAGAUCGGCCCUUUCCGUGCAAUAGAGGAGUCAGUUGUGGCUCAUUUGACGCCAGCAGAACACCGUUCGACCACCUUCGCGUGGUACACGCUUGUUGGGACUGCUGGAUCUGCUCUGGGCCUUCUUAGCUGCGGCUGGAUCACCACGGUGCUAACCACAAGAAAGGACUGGAAAGUGGUAGAUGCUUACCGUGGCGCAUUCUUUGUAUAUGCUGCGAUCGGCCUCGCCAAACUGGUGCUUUCUUUGUUUCUCAGCAGUCAGUGCGAGUUGGAGAAACCAGCACCUGCCAGCGAUGGUUCAGAGAGGGCGCCUCUCCUAGGCGAGUCAACCCCAAAGAAGCCAAAGACGAACAAAUUUGGCCUUUUGUCCCAUCUGAGCUCAGAAUCUCGCAUCGUGCUACUCGAGCUGUGCUUGCUUUUCGUCUUUGAUAACUUCGCUUCUGGUCUGGCUCCACUGUCUUGGACAACGAGCUACUUCCAUCGCCACUUCCAACUCUCGGAGGGUACGAUAGGAACUUUGUUCUUCACCACUAGCAUUAUCUCUGCGCUUUCGAUCCUGGUGGCUGCUUCCAUUGCGCAACGGAUUGGAAACGUCAAAACGAUGGUGUUCACACAUCUACCCUCAGCGAUCUGUCUAGCCUUGAUCGGCAUUCCCUCUCAGCUGCCGAUCGCUAUCACUUUGGUUGUCCUUAGAGCGUGUACACAGUCCAUGGAUGCAGCGCCAAGGUCCGCGUUUUUAUCUGCUGUCGUGCUACCGAGCGAGCGAACCACUGUCAUGGGGAUUAUCAACGUAGUGAAGACGCUAUCGCAAACUCUUGGUCCUCUUCUGACAGGACUGCUAGCAGAGAGAGAUCUGAUGUGGGUUGCCUUCUUGACCGCUGGCGCAUUGAAGGCCAUGUACGACAUAGGGAUGUUGCUCUUGUUUGUCGGGCACAGGACAAGAGAAGAACGUGCGGCUGAGGAGACCGAGGGCACGUGA